AUGUCCGAUGACGCUCCUACCCCCCACCCCACCUCCGGGGACAACACCGUGACCGACCUCCCUCCCUCCAUUUCCCUUAGUGAAUCCUUGGAGCCCAAGGCGGAGGAGGGCUCUGAUAAGGAGAAGGGUCCUGGUAAGGAGGAGGGUCCUGAUAAGGAGGAGGGUCCUGAUAAGGAGGAGGGCUCUGAUAAGAAGGAGGGUGAGGGUCAGGCCAAGAACGAGUAA